AUGCUCACCUCAACCCCCUUUUCCUCCACAGCGGAACACCGCCAGGAACCGACCACAUUUGACCCUGCUCUCGACGCUCAGGGGACAGAACCAAUUAUCCAGACACUCAAGUCCUUGGACAGCUCUCUAAAGCUAUAUACCCGCUCUUCCCCUCACUAUGAGCGCCUCCGUGGGUGUUUCAACAAGCUCAUCACCGCCCGGCCCCUGGUGAUAUGCAGGCCUGUUACUGUCGAGCAGGUACAGCUGAUUGUUCGGGCUGUCGGUGACCUGGCCAACGGUGAUGGAUGCCCACCACUCGCAAUCCGUGGAGGUGGCCAUGACGUCUGGGGCCGCGGAUGCAUUGCUGAUAGCGUCACUAUCGACGUCCGAGAGCUGGAUAAGGCAACGCUGGCUGAAGACAAACAGUCCGUGACCGUCGGAGGAGGAAUUCUGUCUGGCAACCUUGUGGGAUUCCUCAACACCCACGGUCUUUGCACGUCCAACGGGACGGCUGCCGAUGUUGGAUGGACCGGAUGGGCCGUCUGGGGAGGAUACGGCCCUUUCAACGACUAUCUUGGACUGGGCGUAGACAACAUCCUUGCUGCCAAAGUUGUCCUCGCAGACGGCACAUUGGUCGAAGCAAAGCCUGAAUCUGAUCUGCUCUGGGCCAUCCGAGGAGCGGGAGGGAACUUCGGAGUCAUUGUCGAAGUCACAGCCAAAGUGUACCAUAUGCCAACUAUCCUGGGCGGGUUCAUCGUGUUCAAGUGGGAGGAAACCAGGCAGGCCUUGCACAGACUCCAGGAGCUGCUUGAUAAAGGUGUCCCGGAUGCAUUGGGUAUCCAAGUCGGCUUCAACAGGUCUAAAAUCGGGCUGGGUAUGAGCUUCAUCUAUACCUGGGCUGAUUCUAGCAACCUUGCUGAAGGGAAAAAGUGGCUGGAAACACUCAAGCAGCUGGCCACCGUCGUUCUAGAUACAACCACUGAGACGACAUUCAAGGAUUUCCAAGCCAUGACCACGAAGCCAUUCAAGGAUCCAGCCGAAGUCUGUUCACGUUCUGUCUCUAUUCCUCGAUUCACCCCAGAAACCGUUGAAGUACUACUCAAAUAUAUAGAGGCCAUCCCCAUGGGCGGCAGGUACAGUGUACUUUCUCACGUCGGCCACGGGAAAGGGAUACAGCCGAACAGUACGACAUGCUUUGGCACGCGCGAGCCACAUAUCCUGUUCCAUAUCAAUGCGCCCGUGGCUGACGGAGCUGGCAGCAUGGAAAAUGCCCAGUCUUGGGUUGACAACCUGAUGGCGGAUAUCAAGGGUACCGGGCAAUCUCUGAAGCCUGUUUACGUUAGUUUCAUGGGAACGGAUGAAGAAACGCACGAUAGCUUCGGACAGAACUGGAAGCGGCUUCAGGAGUUGAAAGGAAGCUUGGAUAAGAAGAACUUGUUCCGUUUUGCUCAGCCAAUGCUGGGAAAGAUGUAG